AUGGGGGAUUACGGGUUUGGAGUGUUAGUGCAAAACAACACUGGAAAUAAGUCAGCUUUUCCAGUCAGAUUUCAUCCACAUCUGCAGCCUCCACACCAUCAUCAAAAUGCAACCCCCAGCCCUGCUGCUUUUAUAAAUAAUAACACAGCUGCCAAUGGCAGUAGUGCUGGGUCAGCUUGGCUCUUUCCUGCUCCAGCUGCCCAUAAUAUUCAGGAUGAGAUUCUGGGGUCAGAAAAAUCUAAAACUCAGCAACAGGAAAAGCAAGAGUCCCUAGAAAAACAGCAGCUUUCCCCUGGUCAAAGUCAGGAAGCAGGCAUGCUCUCUGAACCCGAGAAAGCCAAAACUGAAGAAAACCAGGGCGAUAAUUCUUCAGAGAAUGGCAAUGGAAAGGAGAAAAUAAGAAUAGAAUCGCCGGUUUUAACAGGAUUUGAUUACCAAGAGGCUUCGGGGCUCGGUACUUCGACACAGCCCUUGACAUCCACCGCAUCUUCUCUGACUGGUUUUAGUAACUGGUCUGCAGCUAUUGCUCCUUCUUCUUCUACAAUAAUCAAUGAAGAUGCAAGUUUUUUCCACCAGGGAGGGGUCCCUACUGCCUCAGCUAAUAAUGGUGCUCUGCUGUUUCAGAAUUUCCCACAUCACGUCAGCCCCGGCUUUGGUGGUAGCUUUUCCCCCCAGAUCGGACCCCUCUCUCAGCACCACCCUCAUCACCCCCAUUUCCAGCAUCAUCACAAUCAACAUCAGCAACAGAGGAGGUCUCCUGCAAGUCCUCACCCACCUCCAUUCACACACAGAAAUGCUGCUUUUAAUCAGUUGCCUCAUUUGGCCAAUAAUCUUAACAAGCCACCUUCUCCGUGGAGCAGCUACCAAAGCCCAUCGCCCACCCCGUCCUCCUGGAGCCCCGGCGGCGGCGGAUACGGCGGCUGGGGAGGGUCCCAGGGCCGAGACCACCGCCGGGGACUGAACGGAGGGAUCACCCCCUUGAACUCCAUCUCGCCCUUAAAGAAGAAUUUUGCAAGUAAUCAUAUCCAGCUGCAGAAGUAUGCACGACCCAGCUCGGCCUUCGCUCCCAAGUCCUGGAUGGAUGACAGCUUGAACAGAGCUGACAACAUUUUUCCUUUUCAGGAUCGCACGAGGACUUUUGACAUGCACUCACUGGAGAACUCCCUAAUUGACAUAAUGAGGGCUGAAAAUGAUUCACUGAAAGCAAGGACAUAUGGGAGAAGGCGAGGUCAGUCCUCGCUGUUCCCGAUGGAGGAUGGCUUCCUGGACGACGGCCGUGGGGAGCAGAGCCUGCACAGCGGCUUGGGGUCUCCCCACUGCUUCUCCCACCAGAACGGGGAGCGCGUGGAACGCUACUCCCGCAAGGUCUUUGUGGGAGGGCUGCCUCCAGACAUCGACGAAGAUGAGAUCACUGCAAGUUUUCGGCGCUUUGGACCUUUGAUUGUAGACUGGCCACACAAGGCAGAGAGCAAAUCUUAUUUUCCUCCUAAAGGAUAUGCAUUUUUGCUGUUCCAAGAUGAAAGCUCUGUGCAGGCACUGAUUGAUGCAUGCAUUGAAGAAGAUGGAAAGCUCUAUCUCUGUGUUUCCAGCCCCACUAUCAAAGACAAACCGGUUCAGAUCCGGCCUUGGAACCUUAGUGAUAGUGAUUUUGUUAUGGAUGGUUCCCAGCCUCUUGACCCAAGAAAAACCAUUUUUGUUGGUGGUGUUCCUCGGCCUUUACGAGCAGUGGAGCUGGCGAUGAUCAUGGACCGGCUCUACGGAGGGGUUUGCUACGCCGGCAUCGACACCGACCCCGAGCUGAAGUACCCCAAGGGAGCUGGGCGGGUGGCAUUUUCCAACCAGCAGAGCUACAUUGCUGCUAUCAGCGCCCGCUUCGUCCAGCUGCAGCACGGAGAGAUUGAUAAACGGGUGGAAGUUAAGCCAUAUGUCUUGGACGAUCAGCUGUGUGACGAGUGUCAGGGCGCCCGCUGCGGCGGGAAGUUCGCCCCGUUCUUCUGUGCUAACGUGACGUGUCUGCAGUAUUACUGUGAAUAUUGCUGGGCUGCUAUCCAUUCCCGUGCCGGCAGGGAAUUCCACAAGCCCCUGGUGAAGGAGGGAGGGGACCGCCCGAGACAUAUUUCAUUCCGCUGGAACUAAAGGAUCGCUCAUUUGCAGGCCUCCAAUUAAGUGCACUCUUCUGUUCCUCCCCACCCCGCCCCUCACUCACAGCAUGUCCUUUUGUAGUAGUCUGUAAUUUAACAAUAGUCUAAUGAAAGAAUGACCUAUAAUGGGUAUUUUAUAGAAUCUUGUCAUUGAAAACUGUAUUGGGAACUCCUUUUCGUAUCGAUAACAUGUUGCAAGUGAGUUGCAUUCUCUUGUCUUUACUACCGAGAGAACACUUAAUUUCCUGCAACGUUUUCUUAGAGGAGAGAAAAAAAUAUUAAGAGAAGAGAAUUGAAACAAUAGAGUAUUUUGGUUUUUUAAUUAAAUUAUUGUUAAUAAAGAACAUAAUAAUACUUUUAUUAAAUAACCGUGUAACAAUAACACUAUCAGUCUGUUCUGACACUUUUCCCCCAGGGAAGCCUGUUUUUGCCUCUCUUUUUUAUUUUUUUUUUGGUUUGUUUUUGGAUUUUUCCAGCAACAGAUGAAGUUAGCAUUUACCUACCAACAGGAAAGAGCAUGUUUAAAGCAACAGAAAUGCAUGAGCAAAGUUGAAGCAGCACUAUAAUAAUGAUCUUUUUUGUUUGGUUUUUUUUCUUUUAAACUCUUUUAAGGGUUUUGAGGCUGAAAUUUUAGCUCAGUGUGUAUCUGACCGUGCCUCUGGCUACCACCCACAUCCAAAUUACUAACGAGAUAGGCAGAGCUUACUAUAUUUUCAUCAAAAUGAUUACAUUUUAAGAAUUCCUGAAUGUAAAAGUUGAGUAAAGUUACUACUGAGGGGGGAGUGCACUUUUUUUUUUUCUUUAAGAGAACUCAAUUGUCUGGUUACAGCCCUAGAUAUCCUACCAAAGCUAGAGUAAUGACAACUAGUGAACUGGCAUUUCCUCUCCUGAAGGAUAAAUAUAUAGAUUUUAUUUUUGAUGGCUAUAUAUAACUCUAUAUCCUAAUAUACUAACAUUCAUCAGGGGCCAGCCUUUGCUCUCCAUUUUGACGUGAAAAAGUAGAAAACCUAAAGAUACCUCAAGGAUAUCACUGAUUUUUACUGGAGUUUUGCUAUUCCAUUGUGGCACACAAACUCAAAUUGGCUGCUUAUUGGUUUCCCAUCUUGGCUGUAAAGUCAGUUUUUUUAUCCCCUCAAAUUUAGCUGUAACAGAAGGCAUGAACCCAAGGAGUUUCCAAAUCCCGCUCCGCACCGCCGGCCGAAUUUUGUGCACGGAACGGUGCGGGUGUGCAGAUGCCUUUCUUACUCUUCCUGUAGAAAGAAUCCCAGCUCAGAUCCCAGCUCUUCAGAACUAACUGUGGGGAGAUAAAGACGCGCAGGCAGAAGUGCCAACAUCGCUAAUUAACGCCGGCUUUAUUGGAACUCAGUCCUGCCUUGAGAAGCAUCAGCCCGGGACGCGCGAAGCGAACGCUGACCAGUGGGUGCAGAGGGUUUAGUUUGAAACAGAUGAAUGAAGGAGUAGUUCUGAAAAUUUAUUUUUAGUCCUUUUGAACUAAAUUCCCCGGCCAACUUCUCCACCAAGGAUGUAGCAGUGUGCAAACAAAGUGAUUCUGUGGCAAUCUCUGCCCGGCCCCAGGGGCCUGGGACCACCCGAGAGUCUCCCAAACCAAAGAUUUGCCCUGGCACUGCUUGGAAAACAUCUGCUCCCUUCAAAGCCCCCCUCAUCCCUUUCCCCCAGCCCCCAUUAUCUUUAUGAGAAGCAGUUUUUCUGUUCAAUACAGGCUUUAAUGAACUGAUACCUUACCAAGUUCCAAAGGUCAAAAUGGAGACAUUUGCUGUCUAUUAGUCAAGUAUAGCAAGGGAGCUGCUUUUACUGAAAUCCCUGAAAAUAUUGACAACAGUAAUGCAAAUGCAGAGUGCUCUUGUGUAGAUUGUCAGGGACUUUUUUUUCUCUGAAGUACAUAAUUCUAGUCGGAAUGUUCCUUUCGUUUUUUUUUAAUGCUUGUAGGUGGCUUGGGGUGUGCUAUUGUGCCGAUCCUACCCAGCAAACAGGUGAGGUGGGUUUCCAUUACAAGAAAAUAACACUGUUUGAGAACUAGCUUUGAAUAAUAAUUUUUUCCCUUUGUACAUGACCUGCUGAAUUUCGGUACAGUGUUUUUGUAGCUAACUUAUUUUGUCAUGCACAUAAUGUAUAUUUGUUAUGCACUACUUUUGUAUAUCUUGUUUUUCCAACAGUGAGCAUUUUUAGGCACACUUUUCACUGACGGGAUAUCUCUUUAUGCAAUACCUCAAUUUUUCAUAUUGCAAAGAGUAGCUUUUUGUACUUUUAUUACUGAGAGAUCUUCAUAUACUUCAUUUUUUAAUAUAAAUAAUUUUAAUAAAUUUUAUUUUCUUAUAUUCUGCUUUUUAUACAUUUCAGUGCUCUGCAUACAUUUUGAAUUAUGGAUGUUGUGCACUGGCAAUGCUAUUUUAGAAUCUGCAGAGAAAAGAAAGCAUGUUGCUUAAACAUCUUAGCCCAGCACCAGGUAUUUGGUGUACAUAUAAUUUAAGAAAUAGUAUAUGUAAAGUUGAGAAUUAAAGAAGAAAAAGCAUGAAAGUGACAAAUGACACUUGUCUUUAGACCCAUGAAAUUUAAAUGCAUAAAUAUAGUGUAGAAAUUUAAAAGUCAAGAACCAUCGAAAUUGUCUACCGCUUCUUACUGAGUUUUUAAAAAUUACACACAAAUGCAGACGUUUUUGGUGAAUGUUUAGCCAUUUUUAUUAUUAAUAAAGAAUCGAUGUUAGGUGUUUGACGCAGAACCGUGUCUGCUCUUUUAAAUUAUAUUUAAAGAAUAAAAGAGAGCCUGCUAGGUGGCAGGCAUGUAAUGUUAGUAUGCAUGACUAAUGUAAGAAAUCGUUAUUCUACUAAUAUUCACUUGUGAUUGUGUGACAAGCGUGUUUACAGAUCCUUUGGUUACACUUCGAUUUACAGGGCAUAAACAAUUCUCUCCAUUACUCUGUGCUUCAACAGUGCUGGCCAAGGCUCCCGAUGGCACGGGGCUCUCUGGGGUUACCGUGUAGCCCCAGGCUCAUUAACGUGUAAUUAGCUGCCGGUGGGGGGGUGUCAUUAAUGAGCAGCGGCGUUCCCGGGGGGAGUGACAGAGUAAUUCCAUGGUUAUUUUUGCAAUGUAAAAUAAAGUGUUUCUGAUUAUUUUAUAUGUAAAGGAACCCCACUGCCCCGUGCUUUUUUGGUAUAGUCUCUACUUCUCCAUACACAGACCUCUGCAGAAUGCAAAUUUCAACCUUGCAGUGACUGAAUUUAGCGUUUUAUAAGGAUGCUGUUGGAAAGACUUGAUAAUUCACCCCUUGUGUUUUUGAAGAGCUCAAACCUUCUGUUCAAAGGUGAUUUAAAACUUGAAUGUGAUGGAUUGUGGCAAGUUAACUUCAAGUUAUGUGCAAUACCUAUUUCAGACUUCUGGAAGAUCUUUGCAGUGUAAUUCUUUGUUUUUAAUUGCAGACAUUUAAAAAUGUCAUUUUCUACUGUUCUAGUAAAUCCUCUUUCUUGCUGGUGUUUCUAAAGAAAAGAAUCAGAAAUCAAUCUUUCUACUAAUGUAAAUUUGAGAUUAUUUUUAAAAAAAAAUGGAAUAAAACGUUUUGGUCAUUUGCUUUAUUUUAUUAUCUUAUUUUAAAGCUACUGUGAUAGCAUUGUAAGAAUUGGGACAAUAUUGUAUUCAACUGUUUUAUUUUUUAUAUUUUUAAAUUUUAAAGUAUAAUUAGUUUUUAUAAUUUUCAUCAGAUUUUUUUGUUAUAUUUUUUGGAAGUGAAACUUUUAGCAAGUGGGUGUCUAGUUUUUACUAAUCCCUAAUAUGUUUUUCCCCCAAUGUAUUGCUCAUAUUAUCAGAAGGAAAAGUUAUUUAAGUAUGUCAGUUAAUUGUACUACUUGGCUGAAUUUCCAUAUAGUUUUUACUGUGUAUGGGGAGGUUGUAGUAUUUAUUAUAGCAUUUUAAAUAAGGGUAAUUCAUUUUUUAUUAAAGUCAUUUUCACGUUUAAGUUCAUAUUUUUGUAUGUUCUACUCUAAGUUAUAUAACACAAGUUACUUUUUUUAAAGAGUUCAUUUGUUGAAGUGCUAGUGAAAAUUAAUGUUAUUAAAUAGUUUGCAAAUGACUAUUUAUACCAGUAUGCAUAUAAUUUUUAAAUAUUUGUAAUGUGAGAUGUUGAAUGAAUAAAACUUUUAACUCAA